AUUUAUUUUGGUUUAAACCUUAGCAAGGAUAUAAAGCAGAAAGUGUGUAUAAAUGCUAAUUCCAGGUGAUCAGUGCACUUCACAUUUGCCAGUUCUUGGGAUAGAAGUGGGCAGGGGCCGGAACGUUUCUUUAUGCGUCAGUGUUGUUGCAGGGAACCACAGCACGGUCGGUUCCAUCUCGUCCGUUCAAAUAUGAAGUCCCGCGGCGGUUUGCCUGCUGAUGUUGGUGAAUUCAGUUUAGGGAUGGAGCCUUAUCGCCUUUGACAGCAAAUCAGGUCAGAUCGCGCUCUGAGGGGGAGGAAGAGGGAAGUGUCAGAUUGGUAUGUUCCCAAAAAAAUGCCACAAGUAAAUGAAGAAAGUGUGGAGCUAGGGCUAACUGAAGAGGGCCUUAUUCCACCAGGUCGCAAGCAGCAGUUAUUCUGUGAAGAAUGUCAGGAACUCUUUGAAAAUACAUGUCCAGUGCAUGGCCUGCCACCUUUUAUAAAAGAUACGCCAGUCGACCUUGCGUCACCUUGCCGAGCCUUCUACACACUCCCCCCUGGUCUGGCAGCAGGGCCUUCCCAGAUUCAGAAGCAAAAGCUGGGUAUCUGGUGUGUUUCUAAGGCACUUCCCAGAGGUGUUUUCUUUGGACCUCUCGAAGGAAAACUGGAAUGUGAUGAUGUAAAUGGAAUAGCAUCAUUUAUUUCAAAGGAGUUUAGAGAAAAUGGUGACAAAGUAGAAUUACCAGAAUUACAGAGGGUCAACCAAUCAUUCUCAAAUUGGAUGAGAUAUGCAAACAAGGCGAAAACAAAAGAAGAAAGCAAUGCAGUCAUUUUCCAGUUUUAUGGAAAAAUCUACUACAGGGUUUCUAAAACUAUUGAACUGGGUCAAGAACUUCUAUUAUGGCCAGAGGAGAAUCAAGUUCAAGUCACGUGUGAAGUAAAAGAUUCACAUACGGAUAAGGAGACAGUCAAAGUUCACACUGAUGUCCUGAAUGAAGAGUCCAAGGAUAGUACAUCUGACAUGCCAACUGAAUCGCCUCUGUCUAUGCCAUUAUGCACCAAGUCACCAAUAGCUGAAAAACAGCCAGGGACCAAGAACAUAGUGAAAACAGAUCAGCCAGUAAAGAGAUCACAGCGGCUUCAGAUCAAACAUAAAGCAAAGAACACAUCAUCAGAGAACAGAGUGAGCUGGGUUGCUUUGAGACGACAAUCAAAAUUAAAUGGGGCCACUAAUGGUGAAAACUUGCAGCUCCCAGCCCCUCUCUCCAAACAGGGUAAUAAUACUAAGAAACAGCAUGACCCUGGAAAUGACAAAUUGAUACAAGAUAUUGAAGAAAUUAAGUCCAAAAGACAGAAGAAAAUUAAUCAGCGUGGACUUGGUGAGAGGACCUUGAGGUCAUCAACGUGUAGCAAGGCCCUUGGACUCUAUGCAGCUGGGAAAGUUCAAACGGUACAAACUGGACUCCAUUCACAAUUGCUGAACCAGCAGCUACCAAAACAAGGCAAGGAAAAGAAAACAAUAUUGAGAGACAAACAGGAAAAUCUUGAAGCAAAAGAGAAAUGUUGCACUCAAAACACCGAAGCUAAAUCUCCAGGGAGUCAUGGAGCAAAAGAGAAAUCUGAUGGUGAUUUGGUCACACCACACCAAGAGGUAGAGGGGCUCAAGCUUCCUGCUGAAAAUGGAGAACCGCAUCGAGCUGUUGGCAAACGUAAGCCAAAGACUAAAUCUGGGAGCAGGCGAAAGUUCUGCAGGCGUGACAGUUCCCAGAUCGACCCCAGUGAGAGGAGGUACAGGUGUGACGACUGUGGAAAGGGUUUCAUCCAGUUGUGCCAUCUGAAGAAGCAUCGGUUCACUCAUACUGGACACAAACCUUACCUGUGCACUGAAUGCGGGAAGAGCUACAGCUCUGAGGAGAGUUUCAGAGCCCACCAGAUGCUACACAGAGGCGAGCGGCCAUUCAAAUGUCAACAGUGCGACAAGGCCUACGCAUUGAAGCGGGAUCUCCGAGAACAUGAGCGGGUGCAUUCAGGGGAACGCCCGUUCGUAUGCAAUGAAUGUGGAAAGGCAUUUGCCAGGCCUCCAUCCCUCCGGAUUCACAAGAAGCUCCACCGCCUGAAGGCCAUGAACCUCGGUAACCCAAAAGCCUGCCGCUGCAGUGUGUGCGACAAGGAACUGGCCAACCCAGGCUCACUGAAGAACCACAUGAGGCUACACACAGGUGAAAAACCAUUCACUUGCACAUACUGUGGCAAAGCCUUCAGGCAGAUUGGCAAUCUUCGGGGCCACCAACGAAUCCACACGGGGGAGAAACCGUAUAAAUGUGAAGACUGCGGAGAGUUCUUCUCUCAGUUGCCUGAGUUGCGGAGGCACCGGAUUUCUCACACUGGGGAGGUUUAUCUCUGUACAAUAUGUGGAAAAACAUUGAGAGAUCCACACACAUUCAGAGCACACGAGCGCCUGCAUACAGGUGAGAGACCCUUUAAGUGUAAUGAAUGUGGGAAGGCAUAUACCCUUGCUACUAAGCUUCGCAGGCACCAGAGAAUCCAUUUGACCGAGAAACCAUUUAAAUGUGAUGUAUGUGGAAAGGGGUACACCAUGACCCAAAGCUUAAAGAGGCACAGGGCGACCCACAAGAAAAAUGAUACACAGAGUUUAGGAGAAGUUGCAGAAGCUAUUGCCUCUUUGGAAAAAGAAAGCCCCGAAGGCAAAACUAUUGCUUUGACAGCAAAGCAGGUUAAGAAGGACGGCUUAAGUACCGUCAACCAAGAGACUGUUGAUUCGAGUGGAAAUGAAAGUGUUGUUUUAAACCUUUAUGUGCACACCUUUGAAAUGGUGGAAGUCCCAAAUACAGAACACAAGGAGAAUGCAAUGCCAAGUUCUGAAAACCAGAACUCUGGUGAAUCCACUGUUACAUUCCAGCAAGUGAAUAGCACUGAAGGAGUGGAUGGUGACCCCUCUCAAGAUGUUGUUGCACAGGCUUUGGUAGGAAGUCAGCAACCUUUCAAUGAAGAUAUAAUAGAAAUAAUUAUUCCGGACACUGAGGAUUAUGGAGAACGAGUUACUACUAGAGGUGUUGUUGUAGAGCAGGAGAAAUUGGCCAACAAUGCUGUGGUUAUUGAGGAGGAUAUUGGAUUUAAUACUGUUGCUGAGAUUAUAGAGAUAUCAACUGGCAGUUGAACUCCAAUACCAUUGUCUUUGUUAGUGUAUCUGACUUUGUAUUAAAAUGCAUUUGUGAAUAUGGAAUGUUACAUUUUUAGAUCAAUUUCACAGCGUAUGACUCGUUUGUUUGCCUAAAACUACCCAUGUCUGGAUAGACAUGACAGUGAAGAUCCUGGAAGUUGUAUCUUUGCACUCAACUCCCAUUAAUCACUUUGCAAGUGAAACUACUCAUACUUUUUUUUUUAAAAUGAUUUAUAAAACACUUUUUUUUUCUAAUGGAUUUCCUUAAAAUUCAUUUUAAAAGUUAAGCAUUGUACUUAAUAAUGAGCAUGCAAAAGAACAGAUUCGGAAUGGUGUUAGUAGGGUUUAUCAAAACUAUACCAUUCCUCUUCAAUUUCUUUGCGUAGUUAUAAAUGUUAAGUGAAUAGCCAAGAGUGUAAAAGCAAAAUGUUGCAAAACAAUCACAAGUAGCUAACUUAGCCGAAUGAGGCCAGCUGUCAGGGCAAAUGCAAGGUCAAAUACCAAAGCGAGCAAUAAUUCACACUGCAUCAGAAAAAAGUGGGUACUAAUUGAUUGGUAAAUGGAUUCUGAUCCAUAUGGAAUGUCCCAGGAAAGAAGUGACCCCAUGCAUUUUGUAAAGGUGCAAGACCCAGACAUGUUUUUGUUUACAGAGGUUAUGCCGUCUAAAUGUAUGAUCUUUUAGAAAUGCAAAUGAACUGCAUUGCAAGCCCAACUGAUAAACUACAUGAGUUGUUAGUGUAAUUUUUCUUAUGCCUGAUUAUUGAGUCAUGUUAGCAAGUUGUAGACUAACAUUUAAUGUAGGACCCGCUUUCUGAGUUUUGUAACUCAGUUUUGUAAAGGCAGUAUCCUGUUGGUGGAGAUACUGCUUGUGCAAUGUUAAUUGAUGCUAAGUGCAAGUCAUAAAACUUUCAACAUCAUGUCUCCUUACUUCAGCUAUAAUCAAGUUCUGUACUACCAAGCAAUUAAGUAGCUGAUUGUUAAAUAUAAUAAAUGCUGGAGUUAUUCCCUGGUUAUGACCUAAAAAUAGUUGGUCUGCACUUGUAUCAGAUGUGUCAUAAUUUGUUAACAAUUCAGUGUGAAAAUCAUUGUUGUUUGCAAGGUAUGUGUGGAUUGGUCAUCUGUUUCUUCCAUGACACUGACAAAACCUGGGUGACUACAACUCCAAAUGUACUCCACAAUGUAGAUUUGUGGAAAUGUGCUGCUGAAAUGAUUCCAAAAUGAGUCCAGUAACAACUAUCAGUUAAUUUAAAUUAAUACUACCACUUGAUUGGAGAAGACGCUGAAUGAUCAUCACAGGCUGAGCGUUCCAAUCCCAACAAGGCAGUUUGCAAAUUUUGAAAUUGGGUCAAAUGUUAUGGAAAUAAAAACAUGGUAUCAAUAAAAGAGACAACAUUGUUAUAAAAAUCCAUUAGUUCGCUCAUCUUCUAGAAAACAAAAACCUAUAUUUGGCUGCAGGCCCAUGACAAUGGAUGACUUUCUUAACUGUCCUCUGAAGUGGCAGAGUGAAAGGUGGUUUGUACCGGACCAUUUGUAGUGUUCCAGAGGGUCUGGCCAUCACUUAAGAUAACUAAGACCAGUAAAUGCCAGCUGUGCAAGUGACAUUCACAUCCCCAGAAUUAUCUUUGUUAAAGGUUAUCUUGAGGUUAUUAGUUGCUCAUUAGAGAUACCAAUAUUUUUUUGAAAUACUGAGGCAUAAUCAUGUCAGAACAUUAAAACAAUGGCGCGGAAACAGGAAUGAUUGAAAUUACUUUCCAUGCUGUCUAGAAAUUAAGAUGCAAUAUAUCCUAAUUGAAACACACAGCACUCUUUUCACCACUGUGUUUCUUUGCACUGAUAUGGCUAUAUAUAUCAAAAAUAAUUAUCAAAUAAAAAGGAACUUGAAUCGGGUGUUGCAAUACAAGUCUUUUGGAACUCCUGAUGGGUGAACAAAAUAUGAUAGCUAAUUAUUAUUGAGCGCUUGGUCAGACCUCUGAAAAUUCAGUGUUUUUUAUUAUAUUUUGUGUCAUUGAAAGAUUUAGCAACAGAGCUCAGAAUUCUGGUUUCUGUCAGAAUUUCCUAAUGUGACAACCCAACAACUGAUAGCUGUCACACACAAUUGGUUAGUUACAGAGAGAAGCAGUAUUGACAGAGGAAUUCAUUCAUCUCCAGCCCACAGCACCACAAGUACCCCACAGCUCAGGCAAGAUGACAUAUCCUACCAGACAGAACAGAGAUUGAACCCCGUGCUGUAGGUGGCACCAGUUUGAUCCAAAUUGGUUGUUCAGUCAACUUACUCCAUAAGGAGUCUGAGAUCUAAUGAGAACAUGUACUUUAAUUUGCAUGUCGUGUUCAGGAGUUAUGGUCAAGGCUCUAAUUUAAUUUCCAUCAUAUGGCUGACCAGGAAUCUCUUCCUCUUAUCUACAGCCUACCAUUGGCACAUGUUAGAAGGUUUUAUAGAUGGGUAUGGAACCUGUUUGGCCCCAUUAUGAACCCAUUCUUUGACCACCAAGUCUUGAAAUGUGACUAAGUCCUCCAAAAGCAGGGAUGUCACCAUUGUGUGAGCAGAUCUGGGGGAUCAUUAGGGCUAUCAAAUCUGUGCUAAUGCUUUGUGCACAUGACCUGACCUAAUUCCAAUCUACUGAUCAUUCCUUUUACCUUUUUAAAGGAUUUUCCUUUGUGAAAAAGUCUAUAUUCUAACUGCCCUCUAUAAAGAUUGGUUUUCUAAACUCCUAUUUAAUUUUAUUCUUUAUGAUUUCAAAAGAUGUUCUUUUUGUUACAGUCCAGUAAAAAUAAGCUAUCAACGUUUGCCUAAUAAUAACCCUUCUUAAUCUUGAAGCACUCUGGCAUGUCAAUACUCCGAUCCAAGAGAACAGUUUAAAGUCUUCCCAUUACUGUAACCCUUCAUCCCCCAGUAACAUUCAAGUGAAUUUGUUCUGUUGAUUUUCCUUUAAUGUGAUUCGUAAAACUAUUCAUUACCUUCCCAACUGUGUCCCAAUUUUUUGAACUAAUUCAAAUUUACUUAAUUGCUUUUGCAUUCCAUGCCUGUAGGCACUAUCCAUGUGAAUAAAUUUGCCUUUUUUAUUACAUUAGUUGGUUCUGCUAUAACUCAUGUUUCUUCAAAAUGGAUUGGUUUAAUGCGAUUGAAGAAUUAAUGACCGUCAUUUGUACAACGCAAACUUUCCUGACCUGUAUCGGUUAUAAUGUGAUUCCAGCCCCACUGGUUUAAAUGGCGCGACUAUUGCAUGAUUUUCUAAUAAACGAGAUUUCACAAGAAUGGAACUAUCGCGUUAUAUCAGAAUCAACUGUAUUGAUUUGUUCUUCCACCUUUUCACCUGUUCCUUUUAUUUGUAAAAAUUCUUGUAUUUCAGAAGUACUUUCUUAUUCUCCUCAUUCCCUCAGGCUCAUUAAUUUCUCCAAGUGCUUACUCAUUUCAUUCUUUAUUUUAAGUCCAAUAGUUUAUAAGGUGAGCUGUUCCACUCAAUAGUUUCCCAGCUUGAAUUGGCCCUCCCUUCAGGUGGUGGAAGGAGGCACUUGUCAACCUCCAGUUCUUCGGUAGAGUUUUGAAGAAAAUCCAGUGAGAGGCUCCUGUCAAUCUGAAGCAGGUUGUUCAGUAAUAAUUCACAUGGUAUAAUUCUACAUGUUGUAAAGGAUAUUUUGGCUUAUGAGGGAACAUGGCAUGAAUCUAUCGGAAUUCUACCUGGGCUCCAUGGUUAAGCUACAGAAAAAGAUUAUGUAAAGAUAUUUCCCAUUAUUGACAGUGCUUUUCAGACUGAAGGAUAUGAACAGCAAGCAUGAGUGCACCACAUCUGCAAAAUUCCAUUCAAGCCAUCCUGUCUUAGAACUAUAUCACCAUUCCUUCAGUCAUUGGGUCAAAGUCCUGGAAUUUCUUGACAGAUGGUAUUUCCAAUCUUGAAUCACUGCAACAAAUUCUAGCCUAGUCAAAGAUGUCCACAUCCUUUGAGUGAAUGAGGUUAUCUAGUGAUUUGACCAAAGUUUUCAAGAUAGUGAGGGGAACGUAUAGGAGAAAUUACAUCUGGUUUGGAAAUCUAGGACAGUGAUUUUAAAGCAGUGUGAUACACAUUUUCAAAAAUAUAUAUUAAGAGGUCUGAAGGUAAGACAAUGAGAUAACAAUUAAGGUUUUAAUUGUUUUUAACAUAUACAUAUGUGUUACUCAGUUGUCAGUAAGUGGGUGCAAGGAUGUUUUUGACAGAGGGAGUUCAGAUCGCGGCAUUUCUGAGAAAGUUAGGUGGUCUACAGGCUUAGGAGAAAAAGCUAGAUAUUUUAAUGAUGCAUUACUGCCAUUAGUAUGGAGCUGCAACACCACAGCUUCUCCAGGUAAGAUUUUCCUUUUGCUUUUCCUAUGUAAAUUCUAGGUUGCCCCAGCUUUGUGAAUAUGCUAUGAUUUUGCACACAUCAGCCACACUGAAACUUCAACUUAUAAAGAAAUAGCUACUAGUAUCUCAGGUAAGCUCUUUCCUUCACAGCAAUAAAAAUGUUUUUUUCAAUCCACCCUAUGAUCAUCAUCAUGGUAUAUUAUCUGAACUCAUACUUUCUCUCCCCAUGUUAUCUUCCAUUACAUGCACUAGCCUAACCACAUUAAGUUAAUUAUAGCCUCUGUACUGGCUAAUUUUAGUGAGCUAGGGGCCUCUCUAGCCCGAGGCACAGACAGACAUUUCUGUGGCCAGC